AUGAAGAUAGUACGGAAGGUCCUGUCUGAGGGAAAGGAAGACAUCAACUGCAGAGCGAAAAAAUUGAACAUGACACCGCUAAUGACGGCAACAAUGGUUAAACACCUAUACGUGGUGAAGCUCCUUGUGCAAAGGGGCGCCGAUGUGUUACUGGUGAACAAGCACGGUGAAAACACCCUUUUAUUGUCCUGUCAGGUAGGAGCCGUGGAGAUCACGAAGUUUUACCUUUCUCUGAACGUGUUCGACAUCAACUGUAGAGGAAGGUGGAACAGCACACCGUUGAUGAGGGCAGCACGGUAUAACCAAGGAGAAAUGGUGAAGUUUUUAGUGAGUAAAGGCGCCGAUCUGUCGCUGGUGGACGGCAGCGGUAACAACGUCCUUCACACCGCCUGUCGGUCAGGAGACUUGGCGACGAUUAAGUAUCUCCUGUCUCUGAACGUGUUGAACAUCGACGCCAGGAACCGGAGCGGGCGGACGGCGGCCAAAAUUGCGAAAUUCAGGAAAAAGCAGGAUCUGGUGGAUUUCUUGAAGUUCCAGGGCGCUCAGUGA